UAAUAUCGCACCGAUUACUCUCCUACAAGACAGCACAAUGAAGAAGGUGGACAUUGACGUAGCGUCGGUGCGGUGGAUUACGCCAUGAGAGCUAAGCCGUCGCAUCAAGGCUCGGUGGCUCCGCAGUCCUCUCCGGAAUUCUUAAAAGCUCUGCCUCGGCCAACUUCUUUUUCAGAUCCAAUCUGUGAAGCAAACUAACAAUCAGAAACAAUGGCCUCAAACGUCACAUUAGAAAAUCUCUCCAGUCUCCUGGCAGAUGAUAUCAAAGUCAAAGUCGCUGGCAUUGACUGCGAUGGCAUCCUCCGCGGCAAAGUCAUGUCCAAGGAGAAAUUCCUGGGCAUUGCGGAAAAAGGAUUCGGGUUCAGCUCUGCAGUUUUCGGCUGGGACAUGCAGGAUGUCCUCUACACCACCGAUGCGAACGUCGCGCCCAAGGACUCUGGGUAUGUGGACUUUAUCGCGGUCCCCGAUUUGAGCACAUUCAGGAGAAUACCAUGGGAGGAUGACAUCCCCUUUUUCUUGGUGCGGUUUAUUCAGAACGGCCAGACUAUCUCUGCAGAUGGCCGGAAUAUGCUCAAAUCGAUAUGCGAUAAGCUCGCAGCAGAGAAUUGCAAAGGAAUGGCAGGUGUGGAAUUGGAGUUCAUGAAUUUCCAAACCCCUUCAGAAGACGGAUACAGCAGUGGCUCGCAAACCCAGAACAUCGCAGCCUUCCUCGAAAAGAACACCCCUGGAUCUCUGCGCCCUAUAACUGCAGGCAGUUUCUCCUACAGCGCAACUCGACCAGUGGCGUUUAAAAAAUACUUUUACGACAUAUUCAAUACCUGUGCACAAAUAAACUGUGGAAUCGAGGGCUGGCAUACCGAGGGAGGACCAGGCGUAUACGAAGCAGCCCUCAAAGUAUGCGAUGUUCGCGAAAUGGCCGACAGAACAUCUUUGUUCAAGCUCGUGGCAAAGUCAAUAGGCAUCGAGCACGGCAUCACGCCCUGUUUCAUGGCCAAGCCGAUCCAAGGUCAACCAGGCAGCUCCGGCCACAUCCACGUUUCGCUUUGCGAUCUUGACGGCAAGAACCUAUUUGCUCGAGAGACUCCGGACGACAACGCGCCAUGGCCUGAUGCUGUCGGGCUGUCGGAUCUGGGCCGCCAAUUCCUCGCUGGUAUUCUGGAGGCGCUGCCAGACAUCAUGCCUCUAUUCGCACCGACCGUUAACUCUUACAAACGGCUAGUGGAGAACUUCUGGGCGCCCGUGAAUGUCAGCUGGGGCCUAGAAGACCGAAUGGCCUCGAUCCGUCUCAUCACACCCCCGGUAUGCAAGCCUGGCGCGACGCGAUUCGAGGUCCGUAUUCCCGGCGCGGACUUGCAUCCCCACUACGCACUCAGUGUGAUUCUCGCCGCUGGCUGGCGUGGUGUACAGAAGAAGUUGGAGAUUAAGGUGCCUCCUGUGUCAGCUAUGAAGAAGGAUAACACGCGUCCAGAGCUACUACCAAAUACUCUGGAAGAAGCUCUGAAGCGGUUCAACGCAGCGGAUAGCAUUGCACGCGAGAUCCUGGAUGGGGAAUUUGUGGACUUCUUCACUGCAACUCGUGAGCAUGAGUUGCGAGUGUGGAGAGAGGCCGUGACCGAUUGGGAGUUUAAGCGGUACAUCGAGACGGUGUAAAUAGAUACUGGGGGCACAAUAGACAUAAAUGUACUGUAAAUAGCAAAGUAUAUACCUACGAAUCGAUGUUUUCUUACGAUAUCCCCAAUAUAGUGCAGUCCUUUAAAUCAUGACCUCCCAUUUCUGUGGAGGCUUCUUUGCUGGGAAAUUUGGGUUGAGGGUUGCAGGAUGUAUGUCUCAUCUCUCUCUGUUAUACCUCUUUGCUUUUCGGGGUUUACUACCCUGGUUAUAUAUUGUCCAAGUGUGUAUGGUGCCG